GAAAUCUCUCCAUAUGUUGAAUAUUAGCUUGCAUGAUCACCAUCAUCAAUAUUCAUUGGCUUAAUAUUACUUAAACCUUUCCCACAUGCAGAAUAAACGUUUAGCGUCUGUGAGAUAAUCAUGCUGUAAUGAUAUGAUAAUUCUGCAUUAUAAGUUGAAUGAGGGAGAGUCUGUUUUAUUGAUGUUUUGAUUUGUGUUGUUUCCUGACUGGUUGAAUAUAUAGUCGACGACGAUUCGACUCGAUAUAUCACUGAUUAAGCGUUUCCUCUCUUGAUUUCACUACUGACAGUGACACUGUGACACAGGUUACUAAUGCUUGGCUGGUUGACUUUGGUCCUACCUACUAUCUUCUGGCAUCUUUGUUUGGUCCAAAGGAACUUCCUCGACACCCAAUAAACAUAAUGGAGGGAACAGCUGAAGAUUCAGCAGACAUGGAGAAAUGUGACAAGGAAAAAACCACUGUAGAUAAUGGACAAAAGAAGAAUCUGGCAUUGAAGUGGCAAAGGAUGAAGAUGAGAGGUCUUGGUAUGCAGCGUUCUUAUACACCUUCAAGCAUUAAUAUGGCUGCUGUUUAUGAACUACGGCUUAAAAAACUACGAAAAAAUAAUAGAAGUCUAGCGAAGGCCCUGUCAGAGCAGAAGAUAGAAAAUCAGCAGUGGUAUAGUGAAACUGUUUCCCUGAAAGGUCAGCUUCAAGAAGCAAAUGAGCGUCUUUUGAGGCCACUUGAUAGCAACUGUGAAAAGCUUAUAGAACAAGAAGUAGACCGUCGAUUUAAGGAAAUAGGGGAGCCUUUGAAUGCAGCCAUCAGUCAAGCCAUGGAAAAUCUUUUAGUGGUCGUGGAAAACUUUUCCAAAGUAAAACAGUUAGCAAAUGUGAGAAGCAGCACUUCUAGGUCAUCGUCUUCAUCUUUUUCAUUUCCCAGAUCAUCAGGUUCCAGAGCGCCAUUAGGUUCAUGUAGCAAUACAUCGUCUCCCUGUCAAAGUGUAAGGCCUAUGGUUAGUGGUCAUGUUCUUCAGCCAGCUAUGGUUGCUAUUCAAAAGUUAGAUGAUGUUUGGAAAGCAAGGCUAAAGGAACGUAUUCAAGAACGUGAAGAAGUGAUGAAUAUGAGUACUAUUGGUGAAACCACAGUAUCUUCUGUAGCGGAUGCAGAUGAUUCCAUGUUGCAAAACGAUUCCUUCACCACCUCACAGCAGUCCACAGAUGACCCUUCAGAUAUUGUCUUGGAAUCAGAAACUGAGCCUUCAACUGCAAAUAGUCCAAGCAGAGGAGGGCAGGCUCGACGUGGAAGAAGUUUUGAGAAUCGUAGAGGACCAUCUAAAUCUCCUGUUCAGAAUAACCUGUCAGUGUCCUCUGCAUCCCCUGUGAUAUCAAAGGCUGAUGACAAGGGUAACCAGGCUCCCAUCUUAGCUCAUUUAGAGCAUAUUGAAGACCCAUUAGAAGGCCCCAGCUGGUGGUAUGCCGAUUCUUCAUCUAGUCGAGGAAGAGGCAGAGGUCGAGGUCGAGGGCGUGGCAGAGGGAGAAAAAGAGGUCAUUCUAGAUCUUCUCAUGGUUCCUCAAUAAAUAGUGUAAAUUCUUCAAUUGAAGCUUCAAGUGAAAGUGAAGAAGAUGAAUCAGUUAGGAAGAAAAGUAAAUCCCAUGUUAAUGAUGAUAUAAAAAUUGACAAUGAUUCAGCUGCUGCAUCUGAGGAUUCAACGCAGAUUUUGGAGCAUAGCUAUUUGGCUUCUCCCAAAACAAUGCUAGCUAAACUUGAGACUUUAGAAGCAAAGGUAGGGCGCCGCUCUAAAUCAAAGUCAAAGGGGCGAUCUUUGAGAAUCAGCGAGGCAGUUGUAUGUAAUGUUGAAAAUCAGCAACAACAAACAGUUGCAGGUAUGAAAAAGGAUAUUGCCAUUGUUCAGGCUGGUGAUUUUUCCUCAAAAGAUUGUGGAGCUUUAGAAGUGGAUGGCAAAAGCCAGUCAUCCAGUGAUCGAAAGCUAUGUGAGGAUGUUUGUUCUGACAUACCUCAGAGAACUGCAAAUGAUUUUUUUAUUCGAGACAGUGAUUUAACAUGUAUUGGAGACAUAAGUAUGGAUAUUACAGAACCAAUCUCAAAAAUUCUUUCCCAAACUACUACAGAAAUUAAGAAAGGGGAAAUAAAAGAUGAUGUAAACAAAAACACAGAAAAGAAAUUUUUCAGAAAUAAAACUACAUCUCAAGCACAGUCAGAAACUGGCAAAACACCCUUUGAUUUAUCACUUAUGGAGGAUUCCUAUAUGACAAUCCCACCAUACUCAUCCCAAAAGAAUGUUGAGAAAGAAAAUAUGCCUCCAGAAGCAAGCACAAAUGAUCCAAAAGAUGAAAUUGGCAAAUGUGAUGUAAAUUUGAGGAGAGUUUCAGUUGUUUUAAAAGAUAUCAUGAAGUCUUCAGAAUCAUUAAAUAUAACAUCUGAUGACAGUGUAAUGUCACCAGCAGAAAAUGAAUUGAAGCCUGAUGAAAUAACUAAUGCUGUUGAUGAAAAAAAAUCCACUCAAGAAAACAAUAAGCCUAAUUCAAGGAGUAGGAGAAACAUUUGUUUUACAGUUAAAACACUGGUUUCAGAUGGUGAAGUAGAAGACAUUGAUGACCUUUGGACACCAGAAAAAAAGAAACGAAAAAGUACUACUAAAAAACCACCAAAGCCUACUGACUUGAAAAAGAAAAACUCAGAAAUCAGAGACUCUUUAUCCGCUCCCAAAAAACAGACUAAAAGGAGAGUUAAGAGUGAAUUAAUUGUCCCAACCACUACUCAGAUUUGUGAAGUAAAGGAGGAAGAUGUAAAAAAUGGUCUGUGUUUAACAAACAAUGAAACAAAAAAUUCAGUAACAGUGAAUAAAGCACGAUAUAGUGUUGAUAAUGAUUUCAAGACUCCUUUAAAUGACUGUUAUGUGAAAAUUUGUAGAACUCCUCUGAAGGAAGUUGAUGAUACUUGUAUAUCGCCAGAUGAAGAACUCCCAGAUUUUGGAUUACUCUACCGGAAAUUGAGUACCAAUGAUUCCUCUGUGCCUGUUAACAACAGCUGCUGUAUAAAGUCAGAUACAAAGAUUGGGGCCAAGGAGAAGGUACCAAUGGAUUGUGGCAUAUUAGGUGCCACCCAAGAAGCUUGCCAGGAACUUGAACAUGAUCAAGCUGAGGAUUCGGAACCUGAUCAGAUUGUACCAGGUGAAGAUGAAAUAAAAGGUCUUGAAAUAGGUUCAGAUAAUUGUGAACCUAUGACUCUUAGGGAGCCAGAGAAUGUAGAGGAUGCCAGUGAUAUUCCUUUUGAAGGAGCAGACAUAAAAAUUGGAAAUAAUUCAGAUGUUGAAACAGAAGCCCCAAGAAAAAGGAGAGCAGCUUUGAAAAUUUCAUCUUUCAAAGAACCUAAUCUUAACAAGAAGAUGCGCAGAGGAGGGGAUUCUUCUGUUAUUACCACUGGUGCUCCUUCAAAAUCAAAAUCUAAUAGUAAAUCUGGCCGUAAGAGUUCCUGUAGUUGAUAUUUUAUAUGAGUAAGUGUUCGGCAGGUACUACCAUAAAAUAGUCGUCAUUUCUUGUAAGUUAUUCAUAUCCAUUUUGAUUGGUAAGUGGGUUACAUAGAUGAUAUAAAUGUAAAUCCAGUACAUGUUUAGCUACUCUUGCAAGUUUGUAAGUUAUACGAUAUAUGGAGUACAUAAACAAUUACCCUAUUACAGUACAGGCAUUCCCCAGUUAUCAGCCACCCUGGUUACUUAUGAUCCAGUUUUAUGGCACUUGUUUUUUGGCGUCGAUUUCUGGUUAUCGGCACCGAUAAUAGAAAUAUUGGUGCUGAUAAUUACCUAACAGAGGCACCAAAAUAUGGUUAUCUGCACCAAAAAUCAGCAGUGCCUUACUUUUGGUUAUCUGCGAUUUUCACUUGUACUAAACAAGCUGUCGGAACGGAACCCCUGCCGAUAACCGUGGACAGCCUGUAAUGGCUUAUUGUUGCCUGGAAAAUGUGCAGUACUACUCUAUAUGAAAAUUAUUAUUGAAGGAAAAAAUUAAUUUGAGAGAAAUGUGAUGAAGGAUGUUUACAAGUAUUUUAGAGAUUAAUGAAAGUUGUUAAGACAUUAAUUUUGUUUAAAUUGAUAAGUAUGAAUGAGUGGAAGACUAUAAUGUGAAACAUGGAAAUAUUUUUGGAUAAUACUCAUCGCAGAAUCCAGUUUACUACAUAACUGCAAAGUAUCAGUGAAAGUUUCCUGUGAAUGUAAGGGGAUUAAAUAUUGUCAAAUACUACUUAAUAACAAGUAGUUCGUAUACUUAUAUCAGUUUUACCCUCUGUUUAUGGCUUUUUUGUAAGUCAUAUAUCUGUUGUUUUUUUAUGAAUGAAAAGCAGUAUUGAAACUUGGCAGUUUAUUAUAUAAAGUUCACUUCAGUUUUAUCAUCAAGUACUGCAUGCAUAUUUUGUUAAACAUGGAAAACUGCACAGUACUUGUACCAUUCUGAAUUUUCACUCUGUUGAUUUUCUAAACUUUCAAGAAUAUUAACUGAUAAUCAGCAUCAUCCAUUUGAGAAACCUUUAGUUGUACAGCAUAUAUAUAGUAUCAUAUUUUAAUUUGUAUAAUUUAAUGGCAGUUAGGCCAUAUAUGCAGAAUGUUGAGACGCUAUAGGUUAUAUCUUUAUGUAAUUUAUGGUAACAGUAAAUAAUUUUUGCUAACAGUCAGUUGUUACUGCAUUUGUUUUUUGUUUUUUUUCUUGCAAAGAUAUGAUUCUUUCGGAAUUAAGUAUGGCAGAGAUUGUUUUAUUUUUUCAUAUUAAGUUUCUUGGUACAAAUAAAUUUUAAUCAUGUUAUUGCAUGCCAUUUAGUAUAUCAUUUAAGAGAAAAAUAGAUGAGAUACAUCAGUUUCACAAACAUGUAUGUAGUUAUAGAAUAUUAUACAGUUAAUUGAUUAAACAUUUUGGAAAAAGUGAUUGCAAUAAAUGUUGCUUAGAU